ACCAACCGCCAUCUCCGCCCUCGCCGCCCCCAGGCCGCCCCCGCCCCCGCCACGUGCAAGUGUUUGCACGUGCUUGCCGACGGCCAGAGGUACGGGAGUACACACGGGUCGCCGCGGAGCCUACGACAGUGGAGCGCCAUGUCGCGUUCCACCAUGAUGCUGUCGGACAACCCCCGCUGGAUAGAGCGACUGGCCAAGUGGCCCGCAGACCACCGCACGCACGACUGGCCCAUGAUGGGGUCGCCGGCGUGGCCGCUCACCGUGGCGGCGGCCUACCUGUACUUCGUGCUGUCGUACGGGCCGCGCCUCAUGAAGACGCGCGAGCCCUUCUCCUUCAAGGCCUUCAUCUACUGCUACAACGUGUACCAAGUCAUCGCCAACGCCGCCAUGUUCUACACGGUGCUGACGAGUGGCUGGACGACGACCUACACGCUGGGCUGCCAGUACGUGGACCGCUCCGACAGCCCGGAGGCCACCAGAAUGGCCACGGCGAUGUGGUGGUGGUUCAUCCUCAAGAAGACUGAACUCAUCGAGACGGUGCUGUUCGUGCUCCGCAAGAAGAAGAGGCAGGUGUCCUUCUUGCACACCUACCACCACGUGUCCACGUACUUGAUCGCCUGGUUCGCGGCAAACUUCGCGCCCGGUGGUCUGGUCUCGUUCUCCGUGAUGCCCAACUCGCUCGUGCACGUCAUGAUGUACACUUACUUCUUGCUGUCCACCAUCGACAACGACGCCCUGAGAAAGCGCCUCUCCUCGUUCAAGCGGUACAUCACGGCCAUACAGAUGGUGCAGCUGGGCAUCAUCGUGACGCACACGAUGCAGGCGCUGCGGCCGUCGUGCGGCGCCGCCCCCAAGAUCCUCGUCUACAGCUACAUCCCCAACGUGCUGCUCGUCAUCUACCUGUUCUACAACUUCUACCGCGUCAACUACAAGACCGCGGCCAAGAAGGUGGGCGGCGAGGCGACGCCCAGCUCGGCCGGCUCGGUCGCCGGGACCACCAGGACCAAGCUGGAGUAGAGCUCCGCGUAGAGCUCCGCGGCGGCGCGGCCCCGGCGGCCGUCGACGGGCUGGUCCCGGACUCCCCCCGCCCCCCGCCGCCCCCCAGUGCGGGCCGAACUGAACCGAGGAACGGGGCUCUAGUGUAUCCGUAUCCGGUUGAGAGAGCACCCGGUUGUGCGUACAAAUCGCGGGUCGCCCACAGUGCACUAACAGUGCACUUACAGUGCACCGCCCCAGAGUGACAUUGCCUACACUGUCGCGAAACCUUGACUCAUGAAGCAGAUGAGCGUAGGCCUUGCCGUCCCUACCAAGCUGCAUACAAGGGCUACAGUGUAGCUGCAUCGCGCCGUCGGCAAAGUGGGAUGGACUUGGCCGCGGCCGGGAUUCGAACCGCGGUCCGCAAAAAGUGGCGUAUUCGCUGCAUGGCGAAUCCGGCGGCACAGAGGCCCAGGUUGCAUGACUCAAUGGCUGUGUGGCUUCCGGGCCGAGCCAGGCCGGGCAGAUCGACUGAGAUACUCUUGGCGCGCGUGCACGCCAGGACGCCAGGUCCAUACUGCUCUUUUUUUCUUUAAUUGUUUGCUGCUGGCUGUGGUUGUCGCCUUCAUCGCGGGUUGGCGUGCCGCGGCGUGCCGUGCCGUCCGAGAUCCGUUGACCUCGGCAGGCCGGGCUGACCAUUCCGUCCGUAUGGUUUUCGUCACGGACGCGAACUGCGGACGCGGCCAACCCAUUCCGUAGGGAAUAAUCUUGUGAUCUGUUAGUGUUUAGUUAGUUUUUCGUAUUUUCGGGUUCUAGAGGACUCGGCAUUCCAGAGCGCGGGUAGGUCCGCCAGGCUACGCCAGGCCAGGCCACCCCCAGCAGCUUACCCAUGCUAGCCUUCUACGCUAGCCCCUGCAUUUUAACAAUCUAAUCGUUGGUUACUGAUGCACAAUGUAUUUUAUAAGAGGUGACAAUUGCUCCAAAUCAUUAAAAAAUAAUGUAAACUGUUAUAUAGGUAGUCGUAGGUGUUUUGAAAUGUUUUGAAUCUCAGUUGUUUUUAUUAUUUAAUAUUUAUUUAAAUUAACUACAUAGCAGGUGGUGAAGGUUCUUUGGAACACCAUUGAAUUCACCAGCACAAACCCAUCUAUAGGUAGGUCUAUAGUUGAUCAUAACAAUCUACUAACUGUACCAUUGUGCUGUUUAUCUUAUCCUCACCAGUUCCUUACAACUGAAUUGUACAUACUCUAGAAUUAAGAGGCAUGUCGACUUACUGAUCUGUAUAUCUUUUCAUGACAAUAAAUGAAUAUGAAAUAAAUUUCAAUAAUAA